AUGCGAAACGUGGACCUGACAAACGUUGGGCACGACGAAGUGUUGUUUCAGAGGGUUAGGACGGCAUAUGACGAGAUGCGUGGAACGCGAAAUCGCAAACCGUUCACCGUCCCAAAAACGAUUCAAUAUGUCAAGUUCGAACUCAUGUUCCGACACAAGUCGCGAGAGUGCGUGGGAAACAUAGAAGUCGACUCUAUCCCCUCCAUCAAAGAAGUCUACAACGGCGAGUACGCCUACCGGCCGUGUCCGCCUGACAUCGGGAAGUACCCGGUCCACCCGCAGGUCUUCAUGCACUCCUUUUUCGAGCCGGGCGACCACACCGGCUCGGCGGUAAUCAACCGGCUCCUAAAGAAAUUGUAUGGCGAGGCUAAGCUGCGGAGUGGACCUCGGAUCUCUGCCCCCGCCUCUUCCAUCUCCUUCGCCGCCCACGCCCUCCGGACGCUUAACCGCCGCAGCGCGUCGGGCAGCCGUGUGCACGCAGCGCGGCUCUCCUCGAGGUAGUGCGGCGCCGCGAUGGAUGAGGGGAAUCUAUUAUUAUUUUGCGUGCAAUUUAUCUAUCAAAAUAAACCUGUGAGAAAAUUGCCAAUCUUAGAAAGAGGGAACGGCAGGAUAUCGUGCAGAGAUAAGAGGGGAAAAGGAAGUUGGAAAUGCUCGCUUCAGAGACAACAAGC